GAAUUCAUCUUUGUAUCUUUUGCUGGAAGUGAUUCCUUAUCUCGAACAGAAAACACUAUACCAGCUGCCUGCAAACAUAUGAAGAUAGUCACCAUACGUAAGUCAGGCACUCACGGUGGAUGUACGAAACUCCGUCCAAUUGCACUUACCUAUCCGUCCUUAAAACUAAUGCAGAAGUUAAUAAUACAUGUGCUCCAGCCCUCAUUGAAGGCUAUCGGAGAUCCAAAUCAAUUUGCAUGUAGAAGCAGAGGAAGCACACUGGAUGUCAUCACUCUCUUAUAUCACAAUAUCACUUAUAGUGCUGAUAAAAAUGUCGAGUAUGUCAGGUGUGCCAUUUUGGACUAUAUUUCGGUAUUUGAUUCCAUCCCAACACCUCUUUCGCUCGACAAACUACACGGGACUAAUACUGAGUGCUGGAUAAUCAGCUGGCUGUAUCUCUAUUUCUCUGAUAGGAAACUACAUACUGUUCUCACAGGGAAGCGCUCCACCUCAUUACUCACUGUGUGUGACUGCAGUUCACCAAACAGCUGUCCUCUCCCCUGUCUUUUCUCUUUCCCACUGCAUCAUUUAACAUCUUCACCUAGUAUCAAUUUCACCAAAUAUCCUGAUGAACUGACAGUUCCCAUACCCAUCUCCUCUUCAACAGAUUCUUCUCAAAUCAAUCAUUUCCUAUCCACUGUUAGACAAUAAUUCUCCGAGAAUGGUCUACUGGUUAAUUCUUCAAAAUGUCAACCUAUAUAUAAACUUCAGUUUUAGAGGUGAAUACAACUGAUGUAAACUGCUUAGUUGUCAUGAUCCCUGCCUGUUCUAUUCACAUUCUAAUGCAUAUGAGAAAAUGUUACAUGUGUGAUUUAUCUGGGUGUGUGUUUCUCUUCAAACAUUUCCUGGUCCUCCCAUAUCUUAGUAAAUUCCAAACGACUUUUCCACACAGCUUUGUAAUAACAGGAAGCUGAGAGUAUGUGGUAUAACUGAAACUCUCAUCUUGUGUUUUAUAAACUCGUGUAUCUUGCUUAUUCUCGUCUAUUGUUCGUCUUUAUUGUUUUUCGGAUUGAUGGAAAAAGACUAUGCUAAAUUGUGUAGAAGUUUGAAGAUUGUCAGUAGAAAUAGUGGUGUACCUGUACAUCUUCUAGUUAAAAUAUUAACUCAUGUAAACAUGUGGCAGGAGCUAUUUUAUCAGAUGUUCAACAUCGUGUUCACUCAAUGUUCUCAGCGUGUUGGUCAUCUGGAAAGACAAGGAGCAAGUACAUGUGACCUUUUGUGAGUACUACAGAGGAUAGAAUCUCUACAAUAUCGUAUUCAAUUGGUCUACAGUGCAAUGAAGAAAGUAUUAGAAAUGAAGUGACUAAUCAACUUGUGUUUUUGAAAUCAAAUCACCUGAAGAUGAUCGUGUUCCCUUUUACAUAUUAUGAAUUGAAUUGGUAAUAUGAUAGAUAGAUAGAGUGAAUAUUUUCGUCUCUUUUGAAAAUGUAAUUUCUACUUAUUUCAUUUUGUUAUGUAUACGUGUACACUAUAUCUGUGCAAUUGUUGCUAUAUGAUGUGCUGAGUAUUCUGGAGAGGGUAUUCCUGAAACACUUUUCAGAAUAAAGUCAUUAUUAUCAUUAUUAUU